AUGGAUCAAGCGCCGGCGAAAGAGGUGGUAGUCGAGAAGGCAGCGAAGUGCGAGGGUGCGGAUUGCGACAACGAUGCCGGCACACUGCAAUGUCCGACAUGUCAAAAGCUGGGCAAGGCUUCAUUCUUCUGUAGUCAAGAUUGCUUCAAGCGGAACUGGGGUGAACACAAAAAGCUCCAUAAGGCACAGAACAGUACGCUUUCCAAUAUCAUCACGCCCAAGGUCGUGUCCUUACCAGACGCAGAUGGCCACUUCAACCCAUUCCCUUCGUAUCCAUUCACCGGCAGCUUGAGACCUGUCUAUCCUUUGUCAGAGAAGCGCAAAGUGCCGGCCUCGAUACCACAUCCUGACUAUGCCCACAACGGCAUUCCACAAAGCGAGCGGGUUUUCGUUGGACGAAAUAAGAUCAAGGUCCUUACCAAGAAAGAACAAGAUGGCAUGCGCAAAGUCUGCCGUCUAGCGCGUGAGGUGCUAGACAUUGCGGCACGGGCAGCAAAGCCAGGUGUCACGACAGACGAAAUUGACAAGAUUGUCCACGACGCUUGCGUCGAACGUAAAUCGUACCCUUCGCCACUUAACUACUGCCACUUUCCCAAAUCAGUUUGCACAUCACCCAACGAAGUCAUUUGCCACGGAAUACCAGAUCAGCGACCGCUCAAGGACGGCGACAUCCUCAACAUCGAUGUGACUCUGUACCACGAAGGUUUCCACGGCGAUCUGAAUGAAACAUAUUACAUCGGCGAUUCGGCUGCGCAAGAUCCAGACAAUGUGCGGGUGACGGAAGCUGCACGAGAGUCGCUGGAUGCUGCUAUCGCCAUGGUCAAGCCAGGCGCUCUAUUCCGAGACUACGGAAACACAAUAGAGAAGGUGGCAAAGGCCCGGAAUUGCCAAGUGGUGAAGACGUACUGCGGCCACGGCAUCAACCAACUCUUCCACACUGCACCUAACGUGCCCCACUAUGCGAAGAACAAGGCGAUAGGAGAGGCUAAGCCGGGCAUGUGCUUCACAAUUGAGCCAAUGAUCACCCUUGGCAGCUACAAGGACAAGACAUGGCCCGACGAUUGGACCAGCGUCACAUCGGAUGGCAAGAAGACGGCACAAUUCGAGCAUACCCUGCUCGUGACGGAGACCGGCGUUGAGAUUUUGACGGCGAGAUUGGAGGAUUCGCCCGGCGGCAAGGUUGCUAUGCCUGCAGGGUAUCUUGCUGACGGCUCAAAAGCGCCAGAGACGAACGGAGAAGCGAACGGCGACAGCCAGAGUUAG